AUAGAAAUACUAAGUGAGCCCAAUAUAUGACCCGAUAUCAAACCCACCAAUAUACAUAACAAAUACAAACCCUAAAUAUCUAUCUAAGCUGCUCUCAUCUCCGUUCGCAGUCAUCGCCGCCGGUUGAACGAGAUUUACAAGUAAAAAUGAGUCGGACUAGUGCAGCUGGUGCCAAGGGAAAGAAGAAGGGCGCAACCUUCACCAUUGACUGUGCUAAGCCAGUUGAAGACAAGAUCAUGGACAUUGCUUCCCUUGAGAAGUUUCUUCAAGAGAGGAUCAAGGUCGGUGGCAAAGCCGGCGCUCUUGGUGAUUCUGUCACUGUUACCAGGGAGAAAUCCAAGAUUACUGUUACCUCUGACAGCAACUUUUCGAAGAGGUAUUUGAAGUACCUGACAAAAAAGUACUUGAAGAAGCACAAUGUUCGUGAUUGGCUCAGAGUGAUUGCCUCAAACAAAGAUAGAAACAUCUAUGAGUUGAGGUACUUCAACAUUGCCGAGAACGAGGGAGAAGAGGAAGAUUAAUUGUAUGAUCAACUUAUUUCCUAGAGCUAGUGUUUCUUUUGGCAUGUAUAAGUAUUGCUUGAGUUAUGAUCCAUCUUUGUUGCAGUUUAACAGUUUUAAUUGUGUUGCCAUUUAUGAAAUUCAGAAUACAGUUUUCAUUUUA